AUGGCAACCUAUAUAAGAAGGAAAGGACAACUAGCUUCAAAAAUUGAAAAUACACCUGUUGGUGAAAAAAGAAGGGGUAGACCUAGAAAAGAAAUAAAGCAAAAAGUUAUGUCACCUACUGCUGUUGUUAGUGCUACUAAUAUUGAACCAAUUAUUGAAGAAAAAAGACGAGGUAGACCUAGGAAAGAAAUUAAACCAGAAGAAGCAACUCCCUCUACUUCUUCUAGUUUUGAACAAAUCAAUAAUAUCAACGACUACGAAGGAGUUCCCGUACCUAUUGUAGAAAAAAGACGGGGUAGACCUAGAAAACUUAAACCAGAAGAAAUACCUUCACCUACAGUUGUAUCAAGCAGCUCCUCCACCACAAAUGAAGAUGUUUUUAUGCCUGUGGUAGAAGAAAGCCAGGUUAAACCAAGGGAUAUAUUUGAUCCAGAUGACGAUCCUCCAUCUAUUGAACUAAUCAUUACUAACAAAGAUUCCAACAAAGAAGUUUCAAAAACAAGACGAGCCACUAUACCAACUACAACCAGGAUCAUGAGCAAUGGAAACCUUAGAAAACGUGGUCGUCCACGUAAAAUUAUAAGCAUCGAAGAAGAUCAAGUAGAUCAAGUAAAUCAAGUUGAAUAUGUCGUCCAACAACUAGAAGAAUCCGUAAUUGAUGUAACCAAAAAACGCGGUCGACCCAGAAAAGGUUCUCAAGAAGAUCAAGAAGAACCCACCAUCAAUGAUGAUACAAAGAUCACUAACGUCAUUGAAACACCUUGGGAUAAUGAGGAAAUAGAUCAUUGGAAAAUUGAACCUUUUAGCAAAGAAAAUAAUCCCGUUCCUUUCACUGAAGAAUCAUCAUUUGCAACUUUAUUUCCCAAGUAUAGAGAAAAUUAUUUAAGAGAAGUAUGGCCACAUGUUACUAAAGCUUUGGACAGAGUGGGUAUAGCAUGUGUGUUGGACUUAAUAGAGGGUAGCAUGACAGUUAAAACUACCAGAAAAACAUAUGAUCCUUACAUAAUAUUUAAAGCGAGAGAUUUGAUUAAAUUAUUAGCUAGAGGUGUACCAUUUCCUCAAGCAGUCAAAAUUCUUGAUGAUGGUGCGGUGGAAUUGUUAACUCAAUGUUAUGUUAUGGUCCAAGGAAAUACUGUUUCUGCCAUGGGAUCUUAUAAAGGUUUGAAAGAAGUACGAAGAAUUGUGAUCGAUUGUUUGAAAAAUAUUCAUCCGAUUUAUCACAUUAAAGAAUUAAUGAUAAAAAGAGAACUUGCCAAGGAUCCAAAAUUAAAGAAUGAAUCUUGGGAUCGUUUCUUGCCUCACUUUAAGAAACAAAACAUCAAAAGGAAAAAACCACAAAUUAAGAAGAAAGAAUAUACACCUUUCCCACCCCCACCAAUUCCAAGCAAGAUUGAUUUACAAUUGGAAUCAGGAGAAUAUUUCCUUAAACCUCACGAAAAAGUUGCUCACGCUAUGGAAAAGAAAAAGGUGCAGUCUAUAUUACAAAUACAUACAUCAUAUGGUACAACUUCUUUAAGCUUAUUUUUACUCAUAACCUUGCUUAUUUUCUCGCACAUCGCUCUCGUACGCUGUGCCGAUAAUGGUGCUAAAGCCACUGCCACAUUCGUUGGUCUCUCGGGAACAAUGACAAUCACCCAAACCGAAGAAACAACUAUUGAAAUGAUUGGAAAAUUUGAUAAAGGCUUCACCGAUACAAAAGCCGAAAAUUAUAAUCUUCAAUUUACUACGACGUAUGGGCGUUUUAUUAAUAUGACCUUCGUAGAUCUCAAUGGAAAUAUCACACCGCCCGGCGCCAAUUUUAAUUUCGAAGGCUCUGCAAAUCUUGAAGAUAUAGCUGGCCCAGUGCUUUCAAUUUGUUUCCAAGAUCAAAUCCUCGAUCAGGCAAUUGCUGUUGUUGUUUAG